CCUGGAAUGGAGGAAAUGUCUAUGACCCUGCACGGGGCAGGGCUCCGUUUCCUGGAGAGAAACCCAACCCCGCCGGGACCUGUGCGACUCCUCCAGGGCUCAGUGGUCUCCAGGACUGUGAACUUCCGAACUGGACCAGCGUGGCCGGCCCCGCACAGGCUCCUCUGUUACCCGCAGGGCGCCCGGCGACAUUCCCCAGGACGGGACUUCCCUGGCCAGGGCUCCCUCUGGUUCCCCAGGACUGCGUCCUUGGCUCUAGGUGGCAGCGCUCGGCRUCUACACCGACCCCAUUCGCGAGCCGGGGCUGAUGGAAACAGGUUCACUCGGGCACCCGAAGACUUGCCCAGCCAGCCAGGUGUUUCCUAACCCAGGCUGCCUAGAGGGGUGGAGCCAAACGCCCACCGCCCCUUCCCGCCCCCACGGAGCCAGGGGUCGGGUCCUCGGCGUCGUCACGCCCUGGCUGGCGAGCGCUAGGACCCGCGCCGCCUUCCUGCGGGCCCGGAGUGGGCGGGGCCUUCCAUUGUGACGUCGCAGGGGCGCGCUCCCCGCCCUCGCGGACAGACUGACGGACAGACCGGCGUGGCAAGCGCGGACCCCGCUGGUGGAGGAUCGCGCAGGAUAGCGGCUGCAAUGUAGAGGUGAACGUCACUGUGCGGAUUCUGGAGCUGUGGGAGCGCUGGGGCUUGUGCCAGGUGGACGUCGGCCGGACGGCAGGGCUGCCGGGUGCCCGGGAUGGAGGCAGAAGGUUUGGAUUGGCUUCUGGUCCCGCUCCAUCGGCUGGUUUCCUGGGGGGCCGCCGCAGCCAUGGUUUUUGGGGGCGUGGUGCCGUACAUCCCGCAGUACAGGGACAUCAGGAGGACUCAGAACGCCGACGGCUUCUCCACCCACGUGUGUCUGGUGCUCCUGGUGGCCAGUAUUUUACGGAUCCUCUUCUGGUUUGGAAGGCGCUUCGAGUCCCCCCUGCUGUGGCAGAGCAUCGUCAUGACCCUGACCAUGCUGCUGAUGCUGAAGCUGUGCACCGAGGUCCGGGUGGCCAACGAGCUGAACCUGAAACGCCGCUCCUUUGCAGCUGGAGACAGCAGGGAUGAAGAGCCCAAAGCCCCGCCCAGGCGGUCCUAUCUGGAUUUUGACCCACACCACUUCUGGCGUUGGAGCAGCUUCGGGGACUAUGUGCAGUGUGUCCUGGCCUUCACUGGUGUGGCRGGCUAUGUCACCUACCUGUCCAUCGAUUCGGCCCUGUUUGUGGAGACGCUGGGCUUCCUUGCAGUGCUGACCGAGGCCAUGCUGGGYGUGCCACAGCUGUACCGCAACUACUGCCACCGCUCCACAGAGGGCAUGAGCCUCAAGAUGGUGCUCAUGUGGACCAGCGGGGACACCUUCAAGACAGCCUACUUCCUGCUCAAUGGUGCACCCCUGCAGUUCUCAGUCUGUGGCCUGCUGCAGGUGCUGGUGGACCUGGCCAUCCUGGGGCAGGCCUAUGCCUUCGCCUGCCACCCCCAGAAGCCAGUCCCCCACACUGCACACCCUGCCAGUGCCAAGGCCCUCUGAGGCACCAGAGACAAGACUGUGUGAUCCUGGCUGUGGGCACUAGUCAUCCUGUGCUCCCACGCCAGGGCGGGUGGGCCCAAGGCCACACCAGGAGCAGGCUGGGCAUGGGUGGAGGUGAAGACCUGGUGCCAGGUUCUCCACCAGCCUGUGUGAGGGGUGGGUGCUUGGGGUGGCUGGGGACAGGCCAGUCUGGCACUGCCCGUGAGGACAGUGGGCACGGAUCUUGCACCCAGGGCUAGCUCCCAGGCGUGUUCAAGUUGACAGGAAACUUCUCAGACGCACUGGCCUGACCUGAGAGGCUCGGUCAGGAAGGAGGGCGGUGGGGCUCAGUAGCUUCCCUGGGCAAGCCUGGGGAGGGGGGCCCUGCAGACCCCGGGCAGGACCUGUGGCUGCCAGGACGGACAGCAGGCCAGUGUGAGGGUCCUGGCUGCUGGCGGCCCCUCCCCAUGCUGUCCCCACCUACCCGCUGCCACUGUUGCUGUGCCUGCCUGACGGGUCGCUGGCCUGACACCGCCGCCAUGUUCCCCCUUUCCAUGCCACACCGGUGCCAUGUGCUUGACAGCCCUGUGCCAUCUGGUCACUCCCAGCCCUGAGAGUUCUGGAUGCUUCUGUGGACUCCCACAUGCAGAGGCCGCGGCAGGCUGUGGUCAGCACCACGCUGGUGAUGGCAGGGGGCGCUCUGGUUGGCCAGGAAGCCACAGCACAGUCCCYGCCUGGCUUCCCUCAGAUUCAGUGUCUGAGUGAGGCUCUUGCUUAGCUCUGUGGCUGUAAGAUGCUUUGAAAUG